AUGGUCCCUUUCGACAUCAAAUACGAACAGACUCUUGGCUCUCCAUUCAUUUCGUUCAUUGAACUCUCCAUGAUCAAUGAACACUAUAACUGCAAAGAGGCGUGCGACCCGGAGACGUCAGUACAGUGUGAAAUGGGUGGAUUUCCUAAUCCCCGCGACUGCAAAAAAUGUAUAUGCCCUGGAGGUUACGCCGGUGACAGAUGCACAGAAAAAGUGGGAAAACUUCAGAUUGGUCAGCACAUUGAAGAAUGCUCUUCCGAAAGUUUGCCUUUCCAGCCAUCAGGUUGCGGUGAAGUAAUUGAAGCUUCACCGAAUUGGACGGUACUUGUAGACGUUGUCGGUCCAGGUAAAAGAUAUCAGGAAGACUUCUCCACAUGUAAUUAUUGGAUCGAAUCUCCAAAUGACACCGUGAUCGAAGUGAAACUGGUGGGUUACAGCGAUGGAGUUUCUGUUGACGGCUGCCUAUACGCUGGUGUAGAAAUCAAGACAAAUAAGGAUCAAACACUCACUGGCUACAGGUAA